AUGCCGAGUCCCAACAACGCCAUCGACAAGCGCGAUUUCGACGCGAAUCGCCCCCUCUUACAAGAUAUAGACGCCGAACCAGAUUCCGGUGAUCGGAGACACGAUCUUGCUCCUGCGCGGUUACGGGCUGGAUCGCGGAGUUCGGGCGAUGAUGGGAUCGGCAUGCGGAGUGAUGAUGGGCUUCUAAGUGAGGUUGUUGACGAAAUUGUUGAACGAGAUAGGAGGAUGAUGCAUGUUGAGGUUAUUAGGGUUGUGAGUUUUGCUUGGGGGUUUCUUGGAGCUGGCAGUAUUACUGCAUUCUCGUUAUACGGCCAUUUACUGCUUACGCGGUUGCAUUACUCCCAGCUUCAGGUUAAUGCUGUUUCCAUCGCUGCCGAGAUUGCGAUGUAUCUCCCUGUUCCGUUGUUCGGGUAUUUGUGUGAUCGAUACAGUCCGUCGCCGUUAUCUCUGUUUUCUGGAGUUGUAUUCGGGUUCGGGUAUCUCCUCGCUGGAUACGCAUACAAGAGCGGGCCGCCUGUUGAGGCUGGUGGGUCUGGAUGGCCGUUCUGGGUUAUGAUCGUGGCGUUUAUUGCCAUUGGCAUGGGGACUAGCUGCAUGUAUCUUGCUGCUGUAGCGACCUGUGCUAAGAACUUUGGUCGUGGGAAGCAUAAGGGGAUCAUGCUUGCUGUUCCCAUUGCGGCGUUUGGACUUAGUGGCAUGUGGCAGAGUCAGGUUGGGACAUAUUUGUUCUAUGAGAAGCUUGAUAAUGGGACGCAUGGUGAUCUUGAUGUCUUCAGGUACUUCGUCUUCCUGGCGCUGUUGUUGUUGGGUAUUGGUAUUGUCGGUACCUUUGCUUUGCAAAUUGUCGAGGAGGAUGAUCAGUAUAUUGAUGAGACGGUGGAGGAACUGGAGCGCAGUGGAAUGCUGGAGGAAAGUGAUUUCUUCCGGCCUCGCGGUGAAAUCAGAGCUGCGGUUGAAUAUGGCACGUUCUCUGAUGCCUUUGACGAGGAGCAAUCCCAGGCUCUGUCCGAUGAAGAGCGCGAACAGAGGCAACUGGAGAAGGAGCGCGAAGAAGAAGAGCGCCGAAAGAAGAACUGGCUGCUCAAUUAUGAGACUAGAGUCUUCCUCAAAGACCAGACAAUGUGGUGGUUGGCUGCCGGCUUCUUCCUGGUUACUGGACCAGGAGAGUCAUACAUCAACAACCUGGGCACAAUCAUCCCAACUCUCACACCACAAACCUACCCAGCCGGCGCCUCCCCACCAGCCGGCUCCCCCUCCACACACGUAACAACAAUAGCCCUAACCUCAACAAUCGCCCGCCUCCUCACAGGCUCCCUCUCAGACUUCUUCGCACCACCAGCAACCCACCUCUUCCCCCCAAUCCCCGAAGCAGCCCGACACAGACACCCAGCAUCCGCCACCCAAUCCAACACCCUAACCCUCUCCCGAAUGACCUUCCUCCUCCCCUCAGCCCUCCUCCUCUCACUAGGCUACCUCCUCCUAGCCUCCCCCCUCUCCCUCUCCCACCCAGGCCUGUUCAACCUAACAACAGCCCUAAUAGGCUUCGGCUACGGCAGUGCCUUCUCCCUAGCACCAAUCAUCAUCUCCGUCGUCUGGGGCGUGGAGAACUUCGCCACGAAUUGGGGUAUUGUUGCUAUGAUGCCUGCUGUUGGUGCGGCGCUUUGGGGCGUUGUCUAUUCGACUGCUUAUCAGAGUGCUGUUGAUAACGGUGCCGGUGGGGGUUUGCCGGAUGGGCAGUGCCAUGGCUGGCGCUGUUAUGGGUUCUGGGCUGUUGGGUGUACGGUUAGUGUUUGGGUUGCCGUUGGGGCUUGGUUGGUUGCUUGGAGGGGGUGGAAGAGGAGGGGUGUUGUGGUUUAGAUGGUUUGGUUCUUUUGGUUUCUUAUUAGAUCUGAUUUUGAGUUGAUUGAGCAUUUUGUUGGAUUUUUCGGUUUUGGUGUUGCUUUCU